CAAAGUAAAGAUGGCGGACGUGUCGGGGACCGAGCUGUCAGAGGAGAAAGAAUCGGAAAUUGAGCUAAAGAAAAGACAGAAACGACCGUGGGGUGACAUACCCAUGUCGGGCAAAAUCGGUAUAACUCCAGACCUGCCCGAAACGCUGGGAUUUUACGAUAUAAAUGCUGUCAGAAGGGAGCAACGGGAGCACUCAGAUCCAUCGUUGGCCCGCUUCAUGUGCGCAGAGCUUACCAGAGGCUACUUCCUGGAACACAAUGAGGCAAAGUACACCGAGCGCAGGGAGAGAGUUUACACAUGCAUGCGUAUACCCAAGGAACUGGAAAAGUUGAUGAUCUUUGGCUUCUUCCUGUGUGUGGAUGCCUUCCUGUACGUCUUCACCCUGCUACCCCUCAGGGUGCUGCUGGCCCUGCUCCGCCUCCUCACCUUGCCUUGUUGCGGCUUCAGUGGGUCACGGCUGCUGCAACCAGCACAGGUGUGUGACAUGCUGAAAGGCCUGAUCCUGGUGCUGUGCUUCUCCAUGAUGCAUUACGUCGACUACUCCAUGAUGUACCACCUGAUCAGAGGACAGUCUGUCAUCAAACUCUACAUCAUCUACAACAUGUUGGAGGUGGCAGACCGCCUCUUCUCCUCCUUUGGCCAAGAUAUCCUGGACGCUCUGUAUUGGACAGCCACAGAACCCAAAGAACGCAAGAGGGACAGUAUAGGAGUCAUCCCUCACUUCCUCAUGGCAGUCUUCUAUGUCUUCCUCCAUUCCAUCCUCAUCAUGGUCCAAGCUUCCACUCUCAACGUAGCCUUCAACUCCCACAACAAGUCCCUGCUCACCAUAAUGAUGUCUAACAAUUUUGUGGAGAUCAAAGGAAGUGUUUUCAAGAAGUUUGAGAAGAACAACCUAUUCCAAAUGUCCAACAGUGAUAUCAAGGAACGGUUCACCAACUAUGUUCUCCUGCUCAUCGUCUGUCUCAGGAAUAUGGAGCAGUUCUCAUGGAACCCAGACCACCUCUGGGUGUUGUUCCCUGAUGUCUUCAUGGUCGUCACCUCUGAAGUUGCUGUUGACAUCAUUAAACAUGCUUUCAUCACCAAGUUCAACGACAUCACUGCAGAUGUAUAUAGUGAAUACAGAGCAAGUCUGGCCUUCGAUCUCGUCAGCAGUCGACAGAAGAAUGCUUGUACAGACUACAGUGAUUCUGUGGCCCGGAGAAUGGGCUUCAUCCCCCUGCCUUUGGCUGUUCUGCUCAUCCGAGUGGUGAUGAGUUCGGUGAAGGUACAGGGAGCUCUUUCAUACACAUGCGUGUUCCUCUUUUACCUUGGGCUGGUGACGCUCAAGGUGCUGAACAGCAUUGUGCUGCUGGGGAAGUCUUGUGUUUACGUCAAGAGAGCCAACAUGGAGGACAAGCUGUUUGAGAGACCAUCGUCCGCUCCCUCCGCCUCUGCAAAGAGCCCCAGCAAAGCCGACCAGGCCAGGUGUCCUAACCCUUCAGGUGAAUCCACGGUGGAGCGGAUCCCUGCCUCUCCUUACCGCACAGCACCCUCCUCUUCCUCCACCACCUCUGUGACCACGCAGCCAAGCCCCAGGACUGACCUGUUCCCUGCCCCACCCACCGACACCCACCCUGCCUCACCAGCCAGUCUCCCUCCUACCCCGCAGCCUGAACCGGAGAGCUCUGUGCCCUCGCCUGCCAAGGAGGAGCAGGAGGAGGCGCAGGGAGGCACUGAACUCAAGCACAGGACUCCCAAAAAGGACCUGCUGGAAAUUGACCGUUUCACAAUCUGUGGUAACCGCAUUGACUGAGCGUCGGCACCCGCUGACCAAGCGAUAACCACUCAGGAGAGGCGAGGAGUCAGCAGCACACUCGGGCCUGGCUCUCCAGGCCAACGCCAGCAGCAGAGUAUUUAUUAAGUGACGAUACAGUAAGUUAUUGUGGACCUUGACACGCAGUCUCAGACGAUCCUGCCGUGUUUUCUCUCCCAAAGUUGCGGAGUUUGACGAAGCAGACAACAGCUGGCUGAUUUAAAGCGGCAGAAAGGAACCAGUUGUCAGGGUUAGCUGGUGUUAGUGUGGCUAUGUGUGUGUGGAAGUAUGAGUGUAAGAUGUGUAUGUGUGUGUGAGAGAGUAUGAGAGGUGGGUGCGUGGGUAUGAGAGCACACAAGCACUUCUGUAUGAGCAACACUGGGACCAUAAGAGAGGUUGUCAAUUAGCUCAACAGCCAAACAGACAACGUAGAAGAAACCUCCAGACGAAACUUGUACAAACAGAAAUACCUGGAGCUUUUUUCAUAAUCUGAAGUUUUUGCGAAGAAAACUUAAGUAAAAUAGAAUGAAGUAAAAAAUUUAGUAAAAAAAUCUUGGGUGUCAUCCAAUCUUCUCUACCCAUACUACAAAUUAUACUAGCUAAAUGUUUCACAGUAAAGCCCUGGGAAGCAGGAACUGAGGUUUGUUUAGAUCUAGAAUAAAGUCUUUGAUUUUGAAACAGAGGUUUUGUAGGAAACCCGUGAUUUAACAUCCUUGUCUGAUCCAUGCAAAUCGACCCAGGCAGGGUAGUUGGUUAAGAGAUUGAAAAGCUUCUAUCAGGUUCUUUCAACAAGGAACUCUGAACAGUCGCACACUGUUAGUAUAAAAUGUCUAUGCAUUGCUGCUUAUUCAGUUAAUUCCUCUAUUUGGAUGACUGAGGUUCUGUAACCAUCAAUUAAACAAUGUACCUGAGUGGGACUAAUUUGAAUUCUGAAGAGAAGCUUCUGUCAACUUUCCAAUUUAACGUCGUAAUAUAAGAACAUGUCUAAAACCAUGACUUUUGAAAAAUACUAUUACAGUUUUUUAAUCAGCUACAAUUAAAUUAGAGCCUUAAGUAGAGCCUUCGUUUACACAGCAAACAGAUAUCGCCAUUUCAUAUGUCAAGCUAAUAUUUCUCCCUCAGAAACUAGAGGAUCUUUCAUUACAGAAUCUAAUCAGGGUGGACAUUAACACUUGCCACCAGUUAAAUGAUGGCAAAUUCUGAGUGCUGCCUCCAAAGUCUCCAAAGAAAAAGUUAGUUUCUUGUUUUUCUAAGGUACGUUUAAGCCUACACAUCAAUGAGCAUAUCCAUUUUAUGGAGAAAAAAAAACAUCUAUCUGUAAAUUCAUCAGAUAUCUAAAAUACAGAUCACCCUGAAACAGGUUAUCAUAUUAUCAAGGACUUAAAGCUGCUUUCAGUAAGACUGGAAUGCAGAACUUAUACAAUUACGUAGAAUAUGGAUGUAAUUUAGUGGCGACUCUCCACGGCUCUGCUGAAGCGGCAAAUUACAUCCAUAUUUGAUGUAGCUGUACCCUGGUCGAUUCAAAAUGGUCCACUUCUUCUCAAAAAGUGGCUACUUUUUUGAUGUAAUUUUGUGCCAUUGAUCAUUUUUUGAGAAAAUAGGGUUUUUUUUCCAAAUGGUGAGAAUUAAACUUAUUACUUUUCUGUCUGAGGGUCCCAUGAGUACAAAACCUGUCUCAUCCAACCAACCUGCUGGGGGUCUCCUGUGAAUGUUUGCACUGAUGGACCGUAUUGUCUUAAAUACGCUACACAUUGACGGGUCAUGUUUCUCCUCAUUUGACUCUCAAGUAUUGUUAAAAUGUUUACAUCCUAGGAUUUCAGAAGCAAUAUGUCCACAACAAAAUGCCUUUAUUUUUGACUUCAUAUUUAAGACAUCUUAACCAGCCUUGUUAAGAUGUGUGCUAUGAUUUAGCUUUUCAUUUUAUUGCACAGAAAAACAUAAAAAAAAAUCUGCUGUGUGCUAUAAGACAGUUAUAUCAUCCAACUUUCAAUUAUGACCCAUGUACGUGAAUGUAUGCAAAAUAUAUUUAUCACACUUUAAUUUAAAUUGUAAUGCCUGGCCAUUAAGUUCCAGUUCCUAUGCCUAAUGUUUGUUGUAUGUCAGAAUUCAAGUCACUAACUCCACUGAAACUAUCUAAUGUCAUUUAGCUGAUAAGAUAUCAAUUAAUAUUAAUGGUACAUGAUGUAGCACUUUGUGGUUCUUGCAGUUUUUGGUUAUAAGGUCACACUUUGCAUUUCCAUGAAACUAUUCCACAGCAUCUAUAUAUAAAAUAACUGUUUUGUAUUGAGAGUGGGUGUAGUUUUAUAGAUAUUUUGAAUUAUAUAUAUAUAUAUAUAAAAAUACUUUAGUUUUUUUUUCUUACAGAGUAAUUAUCAGGGUGGGAAAUCACCGCCAGCCACAAGCCAAAUGCUGGUACAUUUUGGACUCACGAAGCUGACCAUGGAAACCACGUCUGUUAUAGUUAACUUUUGUCUUUCUGGCUCACUCCUCUCAUCACUCUCAGUUAAUUUUGGAAUGUAUUUGCCACUGUGGCCUUUAGACAGAAGAGGUACUUUCCUGCCCUGGUAAUUAUACAGCAUAAUCUCUAACAGUAAUAAAUUUAUAGUUGCUUUGGUAUAAAACAUGUUGCAAUGUGAAGCGGGGGCCUUUUGUUUUACUUUAAACAGAAGGAAGAUCUAUAAUAAGCUACAUAUCUGCAUUUAUUUGAUUCUGUUGUGAAAAAAAAAGAAAUCUUUAUAAUGUUCAUUACCAUUGUAAUAAGGAAGAUGGUUCUAUUUUUGGAGCUGCCAGUUGUGAUAUGAAACUGUUUUUGGUGCAUGAGACUUGACUCCCCUUGAUCCUCUCCAUGUGGUUUCGUCAAAUGCCUCGUCUCCGUUGGCCAGGGUUUGGCCUUGUUGUGCCCUGUUUGGCGCAAAGCCAGCAUCUCCACUGUCUUUACAACUUGGUCAAACCUCUCUGGGCUAAGUGUAGAUGGAAAUCAAACUGUACUUUACUUUACCACAGUUAGACCGAGCCGGGCUUCGCCGAGCGAAUGGAGACGAGGCAAAAGUGUUCUUAUGCAAGCUGCGAUGGUCCGGUACACUGCCUGCUUUGUUUCAUCAGUUUUGGUCCUAAUUUAAUUCCUAUCUUGAUAUUGUAUGAAAUUGCCUCUUUUUGGAUUAAUAAAAGCUGAUUUAUUAA